AUGUACGGCACCACCCUGCCGACCUCGACAGCUGCCGAUGUCUACCUCUCCCAACACGUCAAGUCCGUCCCGAGUACCGUUACCGGCGCUGUAGCGACCUCUCUUGCAACCGCCCUGUACAGCGUCGACCAAAAGUACUUCAACGACAAGGAGUGGACGACGGUCUACUCGCACAUGUGGUCCGCCGCCGCCAAGGCCACCAAUGCGCCCGAUGUUGUUGCCUCGAUGGCGGUGAAUGGAUAUAGCUUGGAUGACCAGCAGGAGGCCAAGUGGUGGAAGGACAACGUGCCCGACAAGGACGACAAGUGGGUUUCGUCGUACGUCUCCGACUGGCGGAAGGCGUGGCAGGAUAAUACGGCGGCGACGAAGACUUCAAAGGGCGGCGCGCCAAAGUGUACUGGGAUGGCCAUCGCUGGCGUUGCUGCCGGUGUGGCUGCCGGGGUUAUUGUUGCGAUAUGA